UUAUAAUAUGUGAACAUGGAGCUGGAGAGCCGCAUCUUAACAUCAAAAGAGCCGUAUGCGGCUCGCGAGCCGCAGGUUGCCGACCCCAGGCCUAGCCUACGCCUCGGAAAUCUCGUCGUGGAUAGUCACGUGACUUCAUCGGUUCUUCCUUUCGCACUCAGUGCUACUUGUAUGACUGCAACGCUUCUUACCGUUCUCUCACUUUUUACAAAGAAAAUGGCAGAUCCUAAGCAAGAACGUACUUUUAUCGCAGUCAAGCCCGAUGGUGUCCAGAGGGGACUUAUUGGUGAAAUCGUUAAACGAUUUGAAGCUCGUGGUUACAAACUGGUAGCUGGAAAACUUAUUUGGGCUUCUAAAGAUCUUCUGAGGAGUCACUACAAAGAUUUGUCUGACAAACCAUUCUUUAAUGGAUUGGUUGAAUACAUGAGCUCAGGGCCAGUCUUUGCCAUGGUUUGGGAAGGUAAAGAAGUUGUGAAAAUGGGCAGGAAAAUGCUUGGUGCAACUAACCCCUUGGCAUCUGAACCUGGUACCAUUCGUGGUGAUUUUGCAAUUGAUGUUGGACGCAACAUUUGCCAUGGAAGUGAUGCUGUUGAAACUGCAAUGAGAGAGAUUGCCUUAUGGUUCAAGCCAGAAGAACUCAGUGACUAUGAGUUUGCAAACAAAACUUGGAUUUAUGAAUAGACUUUAACUCCACAUUUUAAAACUAUUUAUGGAUUCUUUUUUUGUAGUAGGUGCCCUACAUAAUUUUUGUUCCCUAUUCUUUUGUGUAAAGUAAGGUACAUUUUUUUGGUGUCUAUGUGCCCUAGGUGUUUAUAGAGAUAUUUUUGCUCAAUUUAUUGUAUACCAACUGACCAAGUUUUUAAAAGUACUUAGUAUUUGUCACGUUUUUAACAAACAUGUAAACCUUUAUUUAAAUUUUCAUUGAAAUGUAACACUAAUAAACAAGGGGUGCAAUUUUCUGUUUAAA